CUUGUUUUAUUUUUCGUUUUCUAAAAUUAUACAUCUUCCGGCAUAAAAAUAGUCCAAAUUCCAUGUGUGCGAUUCGAAAACAAAAUUUUCACAUAGCCCAAAGAAAUCCCCCGGCCUAAUGUUAUUGUUUGUACCACGGUACGUACCGCAGUCAAGAAGAAGAAGAAGAUAUAAAAGCAACAGCUGCUAUUGAACAGCUGGUCCGCGAUACUGCUGUACUUUGAGUGCGCACCAAACACAGCGUGACUUGCACAGCUAAUUAAAGACAAGCGCUGAGAUUUUCAUGUUGUUGCGGAUUUAACAGUUGAACAACUUGAAAACGCUGAAAUAUACAACGAAGGGUCGGACAACACAUAUGACCAAAUAAAAAAUCGCGAUUGCUUAGUGGGCAAGAAGAAGCAGCUGGUGUGCAGCAGCAGUACCAGCCGAAACAGACGACAACGAGCAGCGCGCACGAAACGACGUGUGUAGAAGAAAUCAAGAAAAAUCGGCACACACUCACAUAGGGAGAAGAAGAUAGAGCGCAAUCUAUUUUAUUCACAUUUCCACCGAAAAAAGGCAACGGUAGCGAAAGAAAAUACACAAUUGCGUCGUACAAACAAGCCAAAUAGAAAAAACGGUGGAAAAGUUAAUACUUGUAUGGAAAAUCUGUGAAAAUCAGUGUGCAAACGGCAAGAAAAAUCAGCAACGGGAACUUACGCACCUCCCCUCUCACGCAUGUAAAAGACUCGCGCGUAUUUAUGCAACCAAAAUAGUUAAAGAACAAACUGGAACACAAUAACAGUGUGUUUGCGUGCGUUGCGAGCGUGUGUGUGUGUAGGUGCGUGCCAGCUGAGACUUCCGUAACAGCGGCACAAAUAACAGCAACAGUGGAAACGGUCUAAGCCGGAUCAGCCACCACGUCGUCCAACACUAUGAGUAUGGUGCGGCGAAUCAUUUUACUUGGCCCAAAAUACAGCGUCUGGGCCAAAGGCAGCAGCGUGAACAACACACAGCAUGCCAAAUACGUUAUACUGAGUACACGGGCGAUUGGUGCCCGAGGAUUUCAUCUGGCCACUCCAACAUGUGCCGCAAACAGGCAACUGAGGCUCGAACCGGCAUUGGCGAUUCCGACAUACAUCGAUAUAACAAAUGCGGUGACCAUCAAAGGGUGCAGCAGCAGCAGCAGCAACAGUUCCAGCAGCUCACUAGGCUCCGGCGGCGGCACAACAUCGUCUAAACCGCCAGGUGUGCCAGGAGGUGGUGGUAGUGGCGCCAGCACCACCAGCAGUGGCGAUCCGCCUGGUGGCGGCGAUAAGAUGCUCGCAUGCCCGAAAUGUGGCAGCGCCUGCACUCAGGUCGAGACAUUUGUGAGCUCGACUCGUUUUGUGAAGUGCGCCAAGUGCAAUUACUUUUUCGUGGUGCUCUCCGAGGUGGAGACGAAACAGCGCGUUAAGGAGGAGCCAAAGAAUCAGCGCAGGCCGCCACCACCACCCCAGAAGAUCAUGGAGUACUUGGACAAGCAUGUGGUGGGACAGGAAUUCGCUAAAAAAGUGCUCGCUGUGGCCGUUUACAAUCACUACAAACGCAUCCACCACAAUCUGCCUCAACUGCAACAUCAGGGUAGUUCGGGAGGUGGAGGCGGCGGCAUGGGCCUAGAUGGCAUACCCCGACCAGAUCUGCUGCACAUCACAGGCAUCGGACACACGCUUAACAGUUCAUCGGGCAACGAGCUGCCGCCCAAGACGCCUGCUCAAAUGGGUCUAGGUGGUGGCCCCGGUGUCAAUGGCUCUGGUCUGGGUGGCUUUCACAAUAGUGGCGUCCAUGGUUCCAGUCGCGGGGAAAGUCGCAGUGGCUCUGAGAUACUCGAUAAACAAACGAAUGACGUCAAGUUGGAGAAAAGCAACAUCAUUAUGCUGGGACCGACAGGUUCCGGCAAGACUCUCAUUGCGCAAACCAUUGCGCGCUGCUUAGAUGUCCCCUUUGCCAUUUGCGAUUGCACCACGUUGACGCAGGCCGGUUACGUGGGUGAGGACAUUGAAAGCGUGAUCUCCAAACUGCUACAGGAUGCCAAUUACAACGUUGAGCGCGCCCAGACUGGCAUUGUGUUUCUGGAUGAGGUGGACAAAAUUGGCGCUGUCCCCGGCAUUCAUCAGCUGCGAGACGUGGGUGGUGAGGGUGUGCAGCAAGGCAUGCUCAAAAUGCUGGAGGGCACUGUGGUCAAUGUUCCCGAGCGUAAUUCGCCGCGCAAGCUACGCGGAGAGACCGUACAAGUGGAUACUACAAAUAUACUCUUUGUUGCCUCGGGCGCAUACACCGGGCUGGAUCGCCUCAUAGCGCGUCGGUUGAACGAGAAGUAUUUGGGCUUUGGUAUGCCCUCAACCAGUGGUUCCGGUCGCCGCGCCGCUCAAUCAGCCGCAAAUCCCAUGGACAAUGAUCAGGAGGAGCGUGAUAAAUCCCUGACAAAGGUGCAGGCGCGUGAUCUCGUUGAAUUUGGCAUGAUACCUGAAUUCGUUGGUCGUUUUCCGGUUAUAGUGCCCUUCCACAGCUUGAAUAUAAAUAUGCUGGUGCGCAUACUCACCGAACCGAAGAACGCUUUGGUGCCACAAUACAAAGCGCUCUUGGGCCUGGAUGAGGUGGACUUGACAUUUACUGAAGAGGCGGUCAAAUCAAUUGCUACACUGGCCAUGGAAAGGCACACGGGCGCACGUGGCCUGCGCUCCAUUAUGGAGCAACUGUUACUCGAUCCCAUGUUUAUUGUGCCCGGCUCGGACAUCAGAGGUGUGCACAUAACGGCAGACACAGUGCGCGGCAAAUCGACACCCAUCUACAGUCGCGACACAGACGACGCUACGGCGAGUAGUGGAUCAACGGAUGCCAGUUCGGAGAAUUCAAAUGAUGAUAAUAACGAUAAGAACUUUGAGGAUAGUGAGAAAUCUUGUGUUUCUGAUACUUUGGUUGGUGCGUAGCCCCGACUCCCAAGAAUGCGUUGCAACUCAUUUUGAACGGCUCACUGGCGCAUUGUGAAUAUUUGUGAGAUGCUCUGAAACUGAUGCAGCGAGCCCCUUAAAGCAAAGAAAACCAAUUAUUUUGUUGCGCUUUCAAGCCCUUCAAAAAUCGAGUGCAAUGUUAAUAAUUAUUAACAAUUUCUCUGUGCUAAGCAAUUGUAAAAAAAAUUUUCACUAGAAAUUUAUACCGAAUAAUAACAAUAAAAAAAAACAUUUUUAAUUAUAUAAA